AUGUCUCUGCCUGUUGCUGAAGAGAAUCCAUGGGCUGAGGAACUUUCACAGAGAGAAGUUGAUAUUGAGAACGAGAAUCAAGCGCCAAUAGUGGAUAAUAAUCAGAAUAAGAUACUGAAUUCUCCAGAAAUAACAUCACAAGAUUCGUCUCAAACAGAAUCAAAAACUUCUCCAAGGAUGAUUACACCUAAACAACAUAAAAAUAAAGUCAAAUCAUCAAGUUCAAGCCCCAAAAAAUUUGGUAAAAAUCUAUUACCUGCUGCUCAAUUAUCAUCAUCUCAACAACAUCAAAGUCAAAGAUUACAAAGAUCACCUUCUAGAAAAGUAUCACGUAUUAAAGGUAAUUCCAAAGAUCUUAUAUUUGGUGUUUGUAUAGUGAAUUUCCAUCAUCUUCGAGGUCCAGAAAUUGAAUAUACCAAGUUUCAUGAUGAUUCAACAAAUGAUUUUUCAAUAAUAUGGCCUCAUUUACCAUUUCAAGCUUUACCAGAUGGUGCUCAUUCAUUUGAAGAAACUUUUUCAUAUUUUACAUUAUAUUAUAAUGAAAAUGGUAACACUCAAACAAUAGAUCAAGAUUCUACUACAUUAUUUGCUAUAUCUUGUGUUCGUCAAAUAAGGACUGAAGAAUUAUUAGAAAAAGAUGAAGAUAUAACAAGAUCAAGUGUUCAAAAGGCUGUUGUGGUAAUUUUAAGACAACCCAUAUUUGGACAAAUUAAAGAAAAAUUAAGCAUUGUAACAAAUUCAUUUUUUGAACAAAAAAAUUUUAAUGAUAAAUUAAUUGUGGAUUUACUGUAUGAUAAUUUACAAACCAUAUAUAAUGAAGGAACUUCCUCAUCUUAUAUAGAUGAAAUGGAUUUUUAUUCAGGUAUUUCACUAAGAUCAUUAAUUAAAGAUUUUAAAAAAGAUGUACUUGUUAUAUUAAAAGCUAUGAUUUUAGAGAAAAAGAUUGCAUUUUAUGGUUCAAAUCCAACAAAAUUGUGUCAAACAGAAUUUGCAUUUAUAAGUCUUUUACCAAAUUUAAUUAAUAAUCUUUUGGAUUCUUCAUCACCUGAAUUAGAUAAUUAUUCUUCAAAUGUUAAGAUGACUACAAGUUUCCAAACAAGUGAUCGUAAUUCUGUUUUAGAUUUUGCCGGGUUCCCACUACAAAUAUUUGGUAAGAAUGGAGUAUUCGCUCCAUUUGCUCCAUUACAACAGUUUGAAGAUUUGAAAAAAGUUAAACAUUAUAUUAUGGGUACAUCAAAUGCACUUAUAUUAAAUCAAAAAUCUAAAUUAGCUGAUGUUUUAAUAAAUAUUGAUAACUCUACAGUGGAAAUUAUUGAUCAAGAAUUAAAUCAACCAUUAACUUUAACAAAUUAUGAUAAAAAAUGGUUAUCAAUAAUUAUAAAUAAUGUUACAUCAUCAUGGAAUGAUUCAUAUUCUGGUUAUAUAGGAAGUGAUGAUUAUAUUAGAUGGCAAUUUGAAGAUUAUUUAAUUGGAUUAUUAUCAAGUGUUAAAUAUGAUAAUUUUAUUAAAAAAUUUGAUGGAUCACCACCAUCAGAAGUAAUUAACAAAGAUUUUGAUAUAAAUCAAUUAAAAAAUUUCAAUCUUGGAUUUAUUGAAAUUUGGAAAAAGACAUCAAAUUAUAAAUUAUUUAAUAAAUUUACUGAUGAUAAUAUUUUUGACGUUUUUGAACCAAAACAUAUUUAUGUUGAUGAAAAUAAAUCACUUAGUGAAAAAUUUCAACAAUUUAAAUUAGAUAAUUCUAAAAAAUUUGAAGAUUAUAAAAAAGGAUUUUUAAAUAAAGAUACAAGUAUUCCAAAAGAGAAAGAAAAAGAAUCAAAAGAUAAGGAAAAAGAUUUAAUUAAUAAUGACAAUAAUAAUAAUAAUAAUAAUGGUAAUAAUAAUGACUCAAAUAAGAAAUUAAAUUCUCCUGGGAAAAUAUGGAGUUGGUAUAGCAGAAAAAAAGAAUCAAAAGAUGCAGAAUGA